UUCCCCUUUAUUCUCCCUCGCAUUGCGGAUUAUCUCAUUGAGCUUGCGAGCUGAGUUGGGCACAUCAGUGCUGUCUAGUAGCUCGUCAUGACUACCCUCAAACCUCGCGAGCCUUACUCCCAGGAGGAGUUGGAGCGCCUCUACCCUAGCGAUUUGAAGCUUCAACUGGUCCAAGUAUUCCUUCGUCAUGGCGAACGAACACCCGUGUCUUCGCGAUUCCAAAAUGCAGGGCUCGCCCCAUACUGGUCAUACUGCACCGUCGCGCGCCAGAUGCUCCAGAUGGCCGCGAGCAACAAGGAUCUCAAAACCUGGAACGGAUUCCAAUGGCGUCGGAAACACGAGUCGUUCGGCAGCAAGGAUGAAACCGUCGCUGCAGUCGGCGCAUCGGGUGAAGUGGACGGGAUCUGUCUACACGGCGAAUUGACCGACAAAGGACGCGAAACAACCUAUGCACUGGGCCAGCGCCUCCGCCACCUCUACGUCGAUCAGCUCGGCUUCUUGCCCAAGAUCAAAUCUGACACUGAGGACAUGUACCUCCGGGCAACGCCCAUUCCACGUGCACUCGAGUCCCUCCAACAAGCCUUCUGGGGCCUGUAUCCUCCCAAUGCCCGCACUCAGGACUUCCCACCCCCUGUGAUCGUAGGACGAUCCGUGUCGGAAGAGACACUAUUCCCUAACGAGGGCAACUGCCGUCGCUUUAGACAACUCUCCCGUCUGUUCGCGGAUAGGGCCGCACUACGAUGGAACGAGACCGACGAAAUGGAGUACCUGAACAAGCUCUGGUCUAAAUGGAUGCCGGAAACCUCCCCCCGCGUCGCUGUGGACUCCCACCCGCGACUUUCCGGUAUCAUGGACACCGUCAACGCCACCGACGCCCACGGGCCCGCCACCCGCCUCCCCAAGGAGUUCUACGACACCAAAGCCCGCGAGUACAUGGACCGCAUCGCCGUGGACGAAUGGUACUCUGGCUACACCGACAGCGUAGAGUACCGCAAGCUGGGCAUCGGCGCGCUGAUGGGGGACGUCGUCGACCGCAUGGUCAGCACGGCCGUCGCCCCCGGGGGGUGGCGCAGCGAGGCCGCCACUAAUCACCGCCAAAGCCAAGCCAUCAAGUUCGCCAUGAGCGGCUGCCACGACACCACCCUGGCCGCCAUCCUGAGCAGUGUCGGCGCCUUCGGAAACAGCAAAUGGCCCCCCUUCACCUCAUCCGUUGCCAUCGAACUCUUUUCCAAAGCCUCCGACAACGGCAACACCCCCACCAACACCACCGCCAGUGAAAGCGGAAGCUCCUCCCUCCUCUCCCUCCUCCCCUCCACGAAAUCCCAACCAGAAACCGAUCGCGUCCCCCUCGCCGCCCUCCCGGACUCCACCCGCCAGUCCCUCCGCACCCACUACGUCCGCAUCCGCUACAACGACCGCAUCGUCCGCGUCCCCGGCUGCGCCGCCAAGCCUGAGAACCACCUCCCCGGCGAUGAGACCUUCUGCACGCUGGACGCCUUCAAGGAGAUCGUCGACAAGUUCACGCCGCAGAAUUGGGGCGAGGAGUGCAUGCAGAACCUCGGGGAGGGGUUGUUCGGCAAGGAUGACCGGGAGAAGGUCCCCGCUGGGGUUUGAGUAACCAAAACGAGAGAAACCGUAAGCAGAACUGUUCUCGGUGGGCCAUGUAGAGUUGUGUAGUUGUGGAGGUAGCUGUGUACAUGAAGACAUUUUGCUAUAUUGAUUGACGAGCUAUGGUUGGAAAUAUCGAUAGAGGGACCGAG